UCUCAACUGAUAUGCUCGAUCUAUUCAACUGAAAUGUGCCGUAUUUGAUCGGUACUCACGCGCUCAUCUCUAGUUUGACGCGUCCAUCGCUGGCAGCUGCGGUGGAAACAGCUGAGCGCCCGGACCAACGGUCGCGCUUCACUUUUAUCCAUACGUCAUUUUGGACGCCGAUGUUGACGUCGACGUCGAUGUCGACGCCGAUGUUGACGUUGACGUCGGAUGAGCGUUGCGCUAUUUGCCGUUUGUCCCAUUUCGCUGUCGUGUGCUUUGCUUUGCGGUUCUCGUUCUUGGUCUCGCUGCUCGUCCGUUUAUUUUUUUUACAGUUUGGGCAUUGUUAUUGUUGUUGUCCUUGUUGUUGACAAAAAUUUCGACCCAAAACUUGUCAACGGCUGGUCGAGAACGUAACUGUAAUUGUAGCUGUAACGAUAACGGCAACGGUAACGGUAAAUUGUGUGCUUUCAACUUGAAAUCAUGGCUGCCAAAGAUCGUCUGCCCAUAUUUCCAUCGCGCGGAGCACAAACUUUGAUGAAAUCGCGCCUGGCGGGCGCCACAAAGGGCCAUGGCCUACUUAAGAAGAAGGCCGACGCUCUGCAGAUGCGUUUUCGCCUAAUUCUGGGCAAGAUCAUUGAGACGAAAACGCUAAUGGGCCAGGUGAUGAAGGAGGCGGCCUUUUCGCUGGCCGAGGUCAAGUUCACCACGGGCGACAUCAAUCAGAUUGUGCUGCAGAAUGUGACCAAGGCGCAGAUCAAGAUACGAACCAAAAAGGAUAAUGUUGCGGGCGUAACGCUGCCGAUCUUCGAGCCAUAUCAGGAUGGCGUCGAUACCUACGAGCUGGCCGGGCUGGCGCGUGGCGGCCAGCAGCUGGCCAAGCUGAAGAAGAACUAUCAGAGCGCUGUCCGGCUGCUCGUCGAGCUGGCCUCGCUGCAGACAUCCUUUGUCACCUUGGACGAUGUCAUCAAGGUGACCAACAGGCGCGUCAACGCCAUUGAGUACGUGAUCAUACCGCGCAUCAAUCGCACCAUUGAGUAUAUCAUCAGUGAGCUGGACGAGCUGGAGCGCGAGGAGUUCUAUCGCCUCAAGAAGAUACAGGACAAGAAGCGCGAGGCCCGCAAAUCGGCGGACCGUGCCCGCGAGGAGCUGCGCCGCCAGGGCUACACUGUGCCCUGCAGCGAGGAGGCGCAGAGUAUACUGGAAAACGACGGCGACGAGGAUCUGCUCUUCUAGACAAAUCGCUCACAUCCUCAACAAUCAGCGAACUCUUACGAUGCUUCAUCCGCCCUACACACACACACACUCGCAGACUACCUCACGCCUUUUUCGAGUCUUUAUUCAAUUUCGUUCACAUUGUGCUCCAAUUUGUUCUGGUUCUGGUUCUGGUUCAGCUUCUGGUUCGUUAUUGUUGUUGUUGUUUUGACUGCUCUCGUCUUGUUGUUGUUGCUGUUGUUGUUGUUGUACGCAGCUAAUGAAAUUAUGUACACGUAUUUAACAAUGUAUUUGU